CGUGCAGGCUGGGGAAGCACACCUUUGCAAAAGCAAACAUUCACGCAACGGAGUUUCUCAGCUCCAGUCCUACCUAGGUAGAUACCUCCAAGGCUAUACAUUCACGACACGAAUAAAUAUACGACAUCUCGAUCCUCUCAGAAAUAAACACAUCCAAGUGUGCUUCGACAUGAUUCUUAAGAUAGCUGGAUUUUCCAAUACACUACGCAUCAGCCUCGCUUACAUGGGUACCCAUUGUAAAUGAUGCAGAUACCCGAAGUAUGUCUUCGAUAAUGUUUGAAGACAUUACCUCCCUAUCUCCAGACGAACAAGCCAGGUUCCUCAAUGGACCUGCUCUCCAGCCACCUGCAGGCAUAAGCUCCAAUUUCGAUCAUCCGCCAAACGGUACGAUUCCAAGCCAGGUUGCGCUUGCGAUCUUUUUAAUCUUGACCACAGUCUCGCUUUGUGGGCGGAUAUAUGUCAGAUUCUCGACGAGACAACUAUUCAUAGGAGAUUAUUUGUUGAUAGUGAUAUAUGCAACUAAUACCGUCUCCUUUGCUUAUUGCUACCGCAUCUUCAGCUCCCCGGGAGCAUUGGUUCACCAAUGGGAUGUCCGCAUGUCAGCCAUAACGCCAUAUCUCUGGAACCUCUUGAUCGCGUCGACGACUCAUACCUUCAGCAUCACAUUCACCAAGGUUGUGAUCCUGCUGGAAUGGAUCCGCAUCUUUGCUCCAAGGGGCACUCGUAACCUCGUUUUUUGGGCUAGCCACUCCUUGAUAUGGAUCAAUAUCAUGUUCUGCAUAUGUAUUCUCGUGGCCUACAAUUUGGCCUGCACGCCAUACCGGUACCUGUGGGAUAAGUUCAUCAGUGGCAACUGCAACCGCUUCACUACAAGCACGGAUAACCUGUUGAUAUCGGCCGUCAAUUUAAUAACAGAUAUAUUAGCUUUUCUCAUUCCCCAGAAGAUGAUCUGGAAACUACAGAUGCCAACCAGCAGGAAAACUGCGGCCUCUGCCACAUUCGCCGCCGGCAUCCUGGCCAUUACUGCUGCCUCUCUCCGCCUGGUGAUGACCAUCAUUUCCAGCCACUCUCGCGAUUUCACGUACAACGAAAGUUCGGUGAUAUUAUGUAGCUUAGCUGAGUCGACUUGUGCUUUCUUGGUUGUAUGCAUACCGGUAUUGCCCAAGGCUAUCAAAAAUGCGAAGGCUUCAAAAACGAUUUCGGCAAUGCACUCGUGGGUGCACAUAGAUAAACCACGAGGUUUACGCAGAAGGAGCAUCAAUAACAUAUGGCCACGCUCAAGACAUAGUCAGUCUAAGAGUAGUGGUGGACAAGCAUCGAUGGAGGACAAAGAAUACAGGAUUUAUCCAUCCCCGUUAUUACGCGGUGAGAGUUCGGUGGACUUGUCGAUGUAUGAGCAUCUAGGAUCGGGAAUUCUCCGUACCACGCACUUUGAGGCAAGGGAGGAUUAUUAUCCGAAUGUCACACAUACUGGAUAUCCUCGCCAGUAUGGACUCAACGGGAUCGUGUAGGAUGUGUCGAGGUCGGUUUGAUGCAGUUUCUUCCCUGCGAUGGUUAUGAUAGGAUAAUUCAUGUCAGUAUUAUUUUCCUUAUAUCUACGUAGAUAGGGGGCAAUUCAGAAUGCUUCAAGAUACCAUUUAGACUCAUA